GAAUUUGAAUUGUCACUUCCUGUCUAGCGCUUCCUGUUUAGCGCGGUUCGCAAAAAGGUAACUUGACGUCUUAAGUACGGCCAGAGUUUAGACUACCCGCUAGUAUGGUGUGGAGGGUAUGGUGUGAAGUAAUGUCAAGUAAUUUAUGUGCAAAUGAGUGGAUGUCGAGAAGGAUAACAAGGCCAUACGGCAAUCAGUGUGGAACUGUAGCGACUAGGGAUCUGAUCCUUUUUGUGACGGUCGCCAUAGUUACCUUCUUAAAGAGUCAACGAGCACUCGGCGGUCUGCUUGUUUGUCGCUAGCCUUGAUGCUUGCUUUCUUCUUCUCGCGUUAGGUUUCUUCAACCGAGAGCAAAUCUGCCAACCUGACUAUCUUGUCUGCCACCAGUGUGCAGUUUUCACGGUUGAUGGUGUUUAUUUGUUGUAUUAUUUCUGGACGUCAGAUGCAGGGGGCGGUGGCACCUCGCGGCUCCGGCAAGCACUCCGGCGCACUCAAGAGAAAAAGAUGGGGCGGUUUGAGACGGCAGUGGGAGCUUCUGGGCUUAUUUGAAAUUGAUCAGCACCACGAGUUCUACAGCCUGACAUGCAUGAUGAAGGAGGGAUUGUUUUCAUCAAUCCAAACCACCAUUGACCGUGCAUCGACGAGUCAACUGGUCGAAGAGGAUUUCAGAGCGGAGGACACUCAGAUUCACAAGGGUUUUACAUGGGAGACAUUUGCGGGCCCGGUGUUUGCCAACCUACGGGGCUCUUUAGGCGUGACAGAGCAGGAGUAUCAGCAGUCGCUCUGCUCUGACAAGUGCUACCUUCAGUUCAUCAGCAACUCCAAAAGCAAGGCUGACUUCUUCCUCACGAAUGACAAACGCUUCUUUUUGAAGACCCAGAAUGAACGGGAAAUCCGAUUCCUUCUGGACAACCUGAAGAACUAUGUGGCACAUUUGCAGAAGUACCCCCAUUCUCUUCUGGUCAAGUUGCUCGGUGUUCACAGAAUCAAAAUUUCCUGCAGGCAAAAGAAAUACUUCAUCGUGAUGCAAAGUGUGUUUUAUCCAGAUGAUCGAAUAAGUGCCAGGUACGAUAUUAAAGGUUGUGAAGUGAGUCGCUGGACGGAUCCUUCACCAGAUGGAUGCCAGAUUAUUGUGGUCCUCAAAGACCUCAAUUUCGAAGGCCAGUACAUCACUCUCGAGCGGCAGCGUUACUGGCUCCUGCGACAAAUGGAGAUCGACACCGAGUUUCUCCGAAGCCUCAACGUGUUGGAUUACAGCCUUCUGCUCGCCCACCAACCUUUACAGCACGACGAACGUCACCACGCGCUCUCCUUCGCUUCGCUCAUCGUGCGAACGAAACGAUCGGUGAAUCCAAGCACCAGCCCCGUCGCCCACGACAUGCCUUGUGUUCCCGGAGCUGUCCCAGAGGACGACGCCACUUGCAUUUCGUCCGAAAUUGAGAGCGACCCUUCGAAGCGAGCACAAGCAGGAGACGGCCAAGGCGGAGAAGCGCAUCGCCUUGCCGCCGGGGAAACCGAAGGACUCUCCGACUCGGAGGUCCAGAACAGACGUUUACUGCUCAACUUAAAAAACGCUCUGCAUGUCAUCGAUGGACCCGAGCAACGCUACUUCAUUGGCAUCAUUGACAUUUUUACAGUUUACAGUUUGAAGAAGAGACUGGAAUAUUGGUGGAAGAGACUGAGGCAUCCCGGCCGCACGUUCUCCACAGUCAGUCCGCAGAUUUAUUGCACUCGGCUUUGUCAGUGGGUGCUGGAGCAUACCAAGUAGGUGGCCGAUGUCUCCAAAUCUGUCUCGACGACUCAUGUGGGAGCAAUUAAAGCAACUCGGUGCACUCGCAACUCACA